ACGGGUUGUCCCACUCCUCGCCGGCUAUUCCCACCGACAGAAGCUUUGAGGGGCUCUUCCAGCAGUUCACCAGCUUCAUGUUUGGCUCAGAGAGCAGCGAUCAGGAGUCCCAGGCUUCCCCGGGAUACCAGCUGGGGGACGUGAUGCUGACAGCAGGCCAGAGUGGACAGACGGGUGUGUUUCUCCUGCCGGCUCCUGGUCUCACUGCUCACUGUGUGGACAGCAGUCCUGCAGCGUUCCUGAAGGACCAGAGCAGCGUCUGCUCCCGGCGGCUGGUCCUGGAUCAGGACUGCGGCUCUCUGCCUGCUCUCAGCAUGGACGCCUACACCAGCAUCCGGCUGCUGGCUGUGAGUCCCGCGCUCAGGACCAGAUGCUCUCUCAACAACACCGAGACGGAGCUGAAGCUCAGCGCAGGACAGACCGUCAGGCCCUCUCUGACUGAGCCCACGCUCUGCGCUAAUGUGGUGCUGAAGGUAACGCAGACCCCACAGACCCCUGAUCACAUGACGCCCUGA